GCCGGUCACAGCCGGGUCACACUUAUUUGGAGAAGCGAAGAAAAAAACUUAGUCACCUCGCGAGGAGACAAGAGGGAGGAUAUUUACUUCUUGACAACUAUUUGGUUCAUACUUGACAUUCCGCUGUCGACGAGGAAGCAACCCGCUAAUUAGUUCCCUUUUAACACCUGUUGCCAUGGAGCCCAAUCCCGUUGUGAAGGAGUUUUUCAUCGUAUUACGCGGGAAGUCGCGGAAAGGUUUCUGUCGCGGGUGCAUUGGCCGACUGGAGGCAGAGACGCAGAACGGGGAGAUGACGGGGCUCCUCUACCCCGGGGGCCCCAACGCCGGGAGCCCCAAGAACGGAGGCGUAGUACGGAGGGAGGACACUUACCUCCUGACUCGCCACCAGGCCCAGCUACUGCUCUACGUCUCCUCCGUAAGCAAACGCCUGGAGCUGCUGUGCAACCCUCAGCUCUUCUCGGCCAUCUGCGAGCUGAAUGUGGAUGACCUGGUGGUGGUGAAGAACAAGAAGGGCCACAAAGUGGGACUGGUGAGGAACCUGAUGCCGAUCGGGAAGGAGAGCAAAGGCGACUUGCAAAUGUUGGCCUUUGAGGUGGAAUUUCUGGACAGUGAUCAGACUUCUAAAAAACCUGCUCCUCCAUCCCUGUUCAGCGCAGUAGACAUCAUCCAAGUGGUCCCGGCUUACUCUGUCCCCCUUGGACUCAACUGUGGAGAUGGCCAAUAUGGCGGAACAAACAAAAAGGCAGUGACACGAAUCAACUCCAUGGCUAAUAUUGGAACUAAUGGGCGAGUGCAAGCAAACCACACGCAGCAGAGCAUCAUUCAGAGUCCAAAUCACAGUACACCUUUGGAAGUGGGGUCCUUGGCGCAGGUGGUGUCCAACACAGGGGUGACAGUGUAUGGAGUGGUGAGAUGGCUCGGUGUCCCUGCAGGAAAAACUGCUGAGUGGGCUGGGAUUGAACUAGACUAUGAUGUGAAGGGAUGCUCCGAUGGGACAUACGGUGGCCAGCGUCUGUUCACCUGCAAAAUAAGCCGGGCUUUGUUUCUCCCCGUAACCAAGUGCAAUCCUGAUAGCAGGUUUGACUGCUUUUCAGCGGGAGGCGGCACCCCCAACCACACGGAAAUACCUACAGUACCCCCAUAUGUGGACUCUGACGAGUAUGUGGCACCUAUCCCAGAAUCAGAAGCCAUGUCUUUGUUAGUGGGAAGAAUGAAAGGGAUUCAGGGUCACAUCAACUCCUGUUAUCUGGAUGCCACGCUCUUCAGUUUGUUCAGCUGCUCUAUGACCCUGGACAAUAUAUGCCAGAAGCCUGCUGACACAGUGCGGCCCAUUACUUCCACGCUGAGAAAAAUAGUCAACCGUUUACGCAGACAAGGUUUUGUGCCUGCUGCGAGUGUGAUGAAUUUCCGCAAUCAGCUUGGCUGUGACACCUUUCGAACGGAAGAAAAAGACCCAGAGGAGUUCAUCACAGUUCUCUUCCAGAAGGUUCUUGGCAUUGAGCCGCUGCUUAAACUCCGGUCAAGAGGCGAAAGUUAUCAGGGGGCCUACACUUUGCAGAUCAUUCUGGAAAAAGAGCAGAUGGCACACACACCCACGGUUCAACAAUUGAUGGACACUUCCUGUCUGUCGUGUGACGUCAAGUUCGAAGAGAUGCCCUCCUGUCUGAUAGUUCAAAUGCCAAGGUUUGGAAACAAAUAUAAAAUGUUUUCUCACAUAAUUCCCUCCGUGGAGCUGGACAUUACAGAUCUCCUACACAACUCUCCUAGGCAGUGUUUCAUCUGUGGCCAAUUGGCAGAGUACGAUUGUCUCCAGUGUCUGCCAGAUCACAAAAUGCAUCAAGGGAGAAUCAAAUCAUACUGCACCACUUGCAACACACAGGUGCACACUCAUCCCUCAAGACAGGCGCAUUUCCCAAAGCGUUUGUCAGUUUCAGCUGAGGUAUCCAUGUCUUCCCCUGCUGCCAGGCACACGAUGCAGCUGUUUGCAGUGCUUUGCAUUCACACCAGCCACUACGUGUCCUUCGUCAAAUUCGGCUCAGACCCACACUCCUGGCUCUUCUUUGACAGCAUGGCUGACCGACAUGGUGACGAUAAAAGGGGCUUCAACAUCCCAGAGAUAAAAGCGUGUCCAGAGCUGGGUAACUUUCUGUCCCAGUCCGAGGAGGAGCAGGCCCGGGUUAACCCUUUGGAUGCUCCUGAACUUGUGCGCAGGCUGCUGUGUGACUCCUACAUGUUGCUAUACCAAAACCCAGCAAUGCCUCUUUCCAAUUCAAACCAUCAGGAUCCUUAAAAGUACAGGCCAAGGACACAACGUUCUUGCAGCAGUGCCUUAAUAAUAACUUUGCACUUUAUCAAACAAGUUUUGGUCAUUGCAUCCAAACAGCAGUGAGGGGAAUCUGUGUUUUGACAUACUGUAAAAUGUAAUAAUGUGCAGGAAGAAAACUAGAAGGUGGCUCACUAUAAUUUUGUGGGACGUAAAACAUCCUUUUCCUGUCUGUCCUUUAUUGUUGUUUGUGUCAUGAAAUGUGGCCAUUUAGGAUUUGGAUUUUCCCCCCUUGAAGUAAUAAAUGUAAUAACAUUGUGUAUUAUUAGUAAUAAACUAGAUUGCCAGUGGUGACCUAAAAGUAUUUUAAGCCUCAUUGAGCAUGAUGCAUCAUGGUUAUUUUAUUUACUGUAAAAUAGUGUUGUGUAGACUGCCAUUAAAUGUAUGAAAACAUUGUGCUGAAACUUCA